CAAUGAACCCUUCACAUAUGUACAGUAUGUGGCCUAACGGCCAACGAAACAUCAACAGUCCCAGUCCAUUUCAAUCCGCCGCUGCUGCUGCCAACUAUACUAACCCAACCAACAGACUCCAGGCAGUGAUGAACGCUGCCGGUAAUCCAUACAACCAAAUGGUUGCAUCCUAUGCCCCAUCGCCUUACGACCGAUCCAAUACUCUGUCAAGAAAUCCCGCAAUGGACUAUGCUUCAAUGCAGAAGAUUCAGAAUCAGUUUUCCACCGGAUCUUUUUAUAACACCACGGCUGCUGCAGUCGCGCAUAAUCCAUACGAUCUCUACAGGCAAAACUCAUCUGUAGCCGCACCCAAUUUCUCGGAUCUUAACAGAAGCAAUGGAGGCCUCAUGUCUAAAGAUCCUUUGGCGCACUCAGCGUCCGCAUAUUCAAAUCUGUUCACGCAAGGUUUUGGGUCUUCCGGAACUGAGCCCCUUCUUUCUGGCCUGACAGCUAGAGACUAUGGGUUGUCACUAAACCCCGCCAUUAGUCAAGAUGUUGUCAGCUCAGUAUUUGAGUCUUCGUUAAUUUCUCACGGACAACAGCAACAUCAGCAGCAGCAACAUUUACAGCAGGCAGCGCAUGCACAGCAGCAAGCUGUCCAACAGCAGCAGCAGCAGCAACAACAACAACACUCGGCGCAGUCUUCAGCGCAGACAGUCGCUCAGCAACAGCAACAUCAAAGAGCAGCAGCUGCUGCGGCUGCAGCACAUCUGGAGUUGCAACAAGCUCAACAGCAACCACAGCAAGCGUCUCCUUUAGCUCAAACUGCUGCUCCGCAACCAAGUGGCAAUGCCAGACGCAAUAGCCAGGGCGCAUCAAACCAGCAUUCUGAGAAAAAUAGGCAUGCUUCAGACCCAUACUCUUGUCAACAGCAGAAUAAAGUGCCUCAAGCUACGUCUCAGGUUCAAAAACAACUGCAACAAGCGCAGCCCCAACAAACACAGCAAACUCAAUUGCAAAACCCACCGAGCGUACCGAGUCAUGCUCCUGGAUCUGUAGAUGCAGUGGCACAGAGUCCCAGACAGCCUCAGUCUAUAGCUUCCUACCAUUCACCCGCAGAACAUACACCCCAGACUCCGAAAACUCCUCGCAUUCUUACCUUUUCGGAUGAACUGCGUCACUUAGCUACGAUUAUUGAAAAAUGUGGCUCCCCUUCUCAAGCGACAGAGUUUACUUCAAGAUCAAUAGACGUCGUUGCAAUUUCAGAAAAGCUUAAUAAGUAUACGGGAAUUACAAAAAUGAGUAUCGAAACUCAAACAGCAAAUUCAGCUGAAGACGAAUUGUUCAUUGUAGACGCUGAAGUUAAAGAGUUCUGUAGGAAUGUUCCGCGCGAGUUGGUAAUCAGAGCUUCGAAGGCACCACAGGGUGGCAUCCGACUGGGUGUUUGGGGUCGGGAAGAGAUUCCGUCUGCCUCUGAGUUUGGUCCUUUCAAAGGUAGACUUUGCCAGAGUGGAACUAUAGUACCGGACACAGCCGAUGAUCAUUGGCUAGUGAGGUCUUUGAGAAGUAGCAACACUUACUAUUUUCUCCCUGAUAGUAUCAAUCCACCGCCUCGGUGGAUGAUGUUUAUCAAUUCUGGCUAUUCAGAGCAGGGAAUUGAGCCGAAUUGCUUCCUGUUAUUUCAAUCGGACAAUGAGUACAUAAUCCGUGUCAUGUGCAGUAUUCAGCCAGAAACAGAAGUGUUGAUUUGUGUGAAUGAAGACUUGCUACCAAAUCACCUGCUGGUGUCUCCCAUAGUAGAAGCACCCAAAGAGAAAUUAGUGACGAUAUCGCCCACAGCUUCCUCUAAGCGACCCCUGCCUCCGAUUGCAAUCCAAGAGCAUAACCCAGAAUCCGAGACUGAGAAUCUGGAAAAUAUGAGCGACCAAGGCGCCGAAACCGACUCAGAACAACUGCCGCCGACUCCUGCCGUCAAAGUAAAGUCGAAAAAUAAGAAAAAGAAAAAAGGUGGCAAGAAAAGUUCGUCUCAGAGCGCCUCUCCGAUUGCGAAAGAAGUGCACAGAACUAUUUACUUUGAAGACAUCCCCUUUUACAUUACUCACAACGCGUGUAGAGAUUGUAAGAAGUACUUCCUGGAAUGUUCGGCUUAUGAAACCCAUCGAAAGUCGUACCACGAAGAUAACUUACCUUGGAGGUGUAAACUUUGCGACGCAAUUGGUUACAAGGAACUGGGAAAGUUGAAGUCGCAUUACAAAAAAGAGCAUGAUAAAGAAGACAAAAUUCUCUACUUUGACAAAUGUAGAAAUGAAGCGAUUGAGCUGAGUUAUCAAGUAGAUUUUGAACAAGAUCUCUCAGAGUUUGUUGAGUACGAACUGUUUAGCGGUGCCCGGAAGUUGAAAUCCAAACGGAAACUGCCAGAAAAGCCGGAAAACAUAGUAGAUAGCGAAAACCAACCAGAUUGUUCAGCUGUGGACGACGAAAGUGUGCCGGAGAGAAAGAAAGCCAGGAUCGAGUCUGAAAAAGAAGUAGCGAAUGUUGAAAUGGAAGAAAAGCUAGAUUUGCCCCAAGAAGAAGAGGAAAUUAUGGAAGAAAAUCAAGACGACAAUCAAGAAGAGGAUGACGAAGAAGAAGAAAUAGUGGAAGAUAAACCAGCAAAACAUUCAAAAGGAAAGAAAGGAUCUUCCAAGAAAGACAAAAGUGGAAAGGGCAAGAAAAAGAAGGCCGGUAAAAAGGGAAGUAGCAAGAAGGGAAAUGCGUCUGGAAGUACUGAGUUGCCAUGUUCGACUAGAAAGACCUCCCCUAGAAGAUCGGCUCAUCGCCAAAGUGAAAUCGAAAUCUCAAUUGAGGACGAUGAUGGCAGUGAAAUUAAAAUGAAGUUUGAUGCGGAUGAUGACGACUAUAUGAACGACGAAGAAUUCAUGCAGAAUCUGCAUCUGAACGCGUCUAAUGAAAGUGAUCCUGAUUAUGGAAAUGGAGCUCAGUUGCCGAACUCGAAGAAAAAGAAGAAGAAAAACGUGAAAGGAAAGAAGGGCAAAAAGAAGCCAGGACAGUCGCCCAAAAUAGUUGAGGAGGAACUGGAAAUAGAAAUUGAACCAGAACAGAUGAUGGAUGAUGAAGAAGAGAUUGAGGAGUCGCAGAGUCCGUUGCCGGUUCCUUCGUCAACUCGGUCUUCGGGUAAGUCCAGUAAAGGAAGACCUCGAAAGGAUGCAUCGCAGUCGCCGGUAGCGUCCAAGAGUCCCACGAAAGAAAAAUCUCAAAAGGAAAAAGAAAGUAAAAGUUCGAAGUCAAAAUCAAGUCCAAAAGGCUCAAAGGGAAGAGGAAGGUCAAAGACUCCGACGAAGUCAAAUCAGAAAGCAGAAGAAAACACAAACGAGGUCGAUGAAAAGGUUAUAGCUGAGAUAUUGGCCAAUGAGAGCAAGAAGUUUCCCUCUCAGAAAGUGAAAGAAGCCACUAAAAGUUUGAAUGCUGAAGUUGAACCAACUUCGAAUGAUGCUGAAAAUUGCUCACUAACUGAUCAGUCAAAAAUGUCCCCCGAAAUUAAAAAGAAGCCGGAGAAAAAGUUCGAAUGUCAUUUGUGUUUGGAUAAGUUCAUAAUGGUAGCAAAGUUCGAACGUCACAUGACAGACGUGCAUAAAAUAGAAAAACCGUGGAAGUGCGAAAGUUGUGAAAUGUCUUUCAAAAGAUACUUUCUGAUGUCGCAGCAUGUAAAAAUGCGUCAUGCAGAUGACAACGAGGACGAAGAGGAGGAACGUAUAAGUAGCCAAUCAGAUCGCUGCUCUGAAAAUGACGUCAGUGGAGUUGAACAAUCAGAAAACGAUGGCGAACCCGACGAAAUGCCAUUGGCUCAUAACCUUGUAAAUAAACCCCUGGCACAUUACAAUCCUCUGGACCAUUUAAAACAUAAACAUUCCAACAAUAUUUUGCCUCCGCCAGUUUUGAGCAAUAAAACACAGCCUGUUUUGAAGCAGGAAUCAGUGGAAGCUGCCGCUGAUGUAAAAACUGGUAAGUUUAAGUCUCAAAAUGAAGAAGCGUGGGUUCAAAAAGGACCCGAAAAUGAAGACUCGAGCACCGUUGAUUACAAAAACGAAACUUCGGUGUCGAAUAGUACUGCUAUUUAUGCACAACAGCAGUCGUGCUCAAUGGAUGCAGAAACAUCACAGGCGCUGCAGGCUAUUGCGGAGUUCUCAUCGGAACAAAUUCUUCUGCAGGGAGACUAUGGAAAUAGCACUAUGGACAAGGAGUUUUUGUCGUCUGGAAAAGGAGCGACGAAUAACGAUGUCGAGUCACUUAACUUAUCAGAAUCACAUAGUAAAGAUAAAGACAAAAAACGCAAAUUGAAGGUAGCAAGAACAUUUGUGUGCGAACAUUGCGAUCCACAAGUCGAGUUCAACCAUGCAAAUAGGUGGUCGAAACAUCUGGCAGAGAAACAUGAUAUAAAGAAACCGUUCAAGUGUGAAUUGUGUAGCAAAAGUUUUUCUAGUCAGCAGGCAUUAGAUAAUCACGUAAAGCGAUGUGGAACCGGGGCUGGUGAGGCUUCGUCAAUAGAUCCAGCUAACUCUGCUCUUAGGUGUAACAAAUGCAAUAUUGAAAUUAAAUCUAUGAAGCAAUAUACUCUACACAUGUCAGGCGACCAUUCAUCCGCAGUUCCUUAUCUGUGUCAGCUAUGUACAUACCAGUUUCCAAGAGCCAGUGUGCUAGCCGAACAUCUCAGGUCAGCACACAGUGUCGUAGUCAAAGAAAGCCAACUGGUCCCGCUUACUUGCUCUCCGAUGAGACAAAACGAACCGCCGCCGCCGACGCCGGAUAAAACUUCGUCGCCUAGCGUGACGAUAGAGCCCGUAGAAAAAAGCAUAGCAGCUAUAUCAAAACAGAGUAUUGCUUGUGAAAGCCCAACCACUACCACUACACCUGUGAAGAAAAAAUCCGCGAAGAACAGUCCGAAAAUAAGUUCUAAUCCCGAAAGUAUCAGUAAUGUCAGUCUCAAUCCAGCCGUGGUUUCGGUUUCAAACUCACACCUGAUUCAAUCGGAGGCAUCCGCAGUUGCAAUACAACCGGAAAACGUUUCUUCUAAUCCAACACUAGCGCCACAGCCCUUCAUAACAACAGGUAGUGAGCCAAAAGCCUUGACAAUAUCAGUAGCUGCUGCAGCUCAAAACUUAUCUGAAACGACGGCUUCGAUGAAUGAUUCUCAAGGACAAAAUGGGGACAAGAAACCAAAGCAGACUCAAUGUCAGAUUUGUUUCAAGUGGAUGGACAAAAACUAUUUCCAGGAUCACAUGAAUCUCCACAAUGGAAACAAGCCGUAUGAGUGCGAGAUUUGUAAGCAGAGGUUUGCUCAACGAGCUGGACUCGCAUACCAUAAGAAGAACCAACACUCGAGCACACCUGGAAACUCCGGAACUUCAUCUGUACACAGUGGGAAACAGACAACGUUGGGUUCCUCCUCGUCAAACCCAGUUAAUCCUGCAACAUCGUUGAUCCAAAAUGGAAAUGCGAACCUAUCGUCUAAUGUUCCAAUUGCGAUUGCACCUGUAAUGAGGAACAUUACAGCUGCGACAACCUUAGCAUCUGGUUCAAGUUUAGAAUCAACAGGGAAAAAUGUUACAACGGGAUCUCCAACGGUAGCCCAAACAUUUCCUCUAAUGGAGCUAAAUGGACAAACAUUAGUAGCUACUACCACCAGUACGAAACCUGGGAGUCAAAAUCAAUCCCAGUCAAAGCCAGUUGCACCAGCAGUUCCAACAAAGGCGAUGGAAAUGAUCUUGCAUAAAAACCGAACGAUUCUCCCAGCCAGUGCCAAACCGGCAGCUGUAGCGCCAGUGAUACCGGCUGCGAAGAAUAGUCCGCAGCCUUCGGCUAUUAUUAUUCCCGCAACAUCGGCUGGCAAAACGACGUUCCAGUUAGCGAGCGACGGGAAACAAACGCCUGUGGGAGCUAAUUUCAUUCUGACACCUUUUUCAGCUGGAAAGGCAAACAGUGGCAGUAUUGACAAUAGUAUGAAGCAAGCAGUUUCAACAACGAAACCAAUUGCUCCGAAGAAACAGGGAAAGCCGGCCAAUAGCAGCGGAUCUAAAAAAUCAACCAGUACUGGCCAGAAGAAAGUGUUACCUGCCCCUAUUUUGCCGGCACCGAACGCAAGCGAGGUAUUGAAAGCACUGAAUUGCUCUGAGACUCUUGGCGAACCGACUCAAUCUGUAGAAUCAUCAGGAACUGCAUCAAGCAAUGAAUCCGAAAAGCAUUUGAAUCAGGAAUCGGCUGUUGUGCAUGAUAUUGCACCACAGCUGGACACUAGUCAAAGUAACCUUGUAUCGAAAAGUACAGAAAGUUUCACUGCUCAACAACAAAACUCGAGUAAGUCAAUUGAGACGGAGGGACCGCCGGUGUCUGUGGCUACGACGGAAGAAACCUCCAAAGCAGAUUCAGUUGAAAACAAAACGUGAUAGGACUUUUUCAAACUGAAAAUUUAAAAUAAAUUUCAAUUUUCAAAACAAUUGAUUAUUUUUGUAUCUUUUCUGAUGCAUUAUGUUCUAUAUUUUUGUAGACUUAGAAAACAAGUUUCUUUGUAUUAAUUUCAUUUUAUGUAGCUUUAGAAACUUUAAGUGUCUUUCCUAAUUGAAUACGGAGUGAACGGCUGUUAUUUAUGUUUCAGUGUUAGAUUUUUCUUUCGAUCAAUACAAUCCUUAACCCACCAUUUUAUUAUGCAGUAUGGCUAUCAAAAUAGUAAAAAAAAUCUUUCUUUGAAAUAAAUUCAUAAUAUGAAUAUGUACACUUUUAUGUUCUAUGCAUAUGAUUCUUUACCCGUUAAUUAUUUUUAACUUUCACAUGGUUGAAAAAGUUUACAGUUUCAGUAUUAACAAGUGGCUUAGAUAUAGUGUUAUUAUGAAUAUUUCUGAUUGUAAACUAAGUUUCUAUCUGUCGUACUUAUACAUGACGAGGGAGGUGUAUAUAGCAGCAACAUGUCUCUCUCUUUUCUUCCCAUUUCAACUGGACACAGUCUUUUAAUGGUCUCUGAUUUCUCUUUGUUGCAUUCGUUUCUUCGCGCAGUAUCGCAUCUGGUCUGGUAUCCAUUGUCCAAUUUAGAUUAUAAAUACCUGCAAUUAGAUAAUUUAUGCUCUAAAAUU